AUGCUUAACACUCUCGUUCUCGUUGCCCUCGCGGGUCUUGGAACUGCUUCCCCCACCGUCCAGCCCAUCAACUUCGCGGCCAUUCUUUCCGCCACCGGUGUCUCUCUCUCCGGCCCUCCCGCUACUGCCACCGGCCAGACUGGUGUCUACAAUGCCGCUGCCGCUUCCUCGAUCGCCUCCGCUGCGGCGACCGCUGUAGCAUCCGCCAGUGCUACUCAGUCUGUCGCUGCCCGCGAUCUGGAGAAGCGUACCUUCUGCUUCUUCGGCAUCGGCUGGUGCGGUAACAGCGGUGGCUCCGGUUACGGAUCUGGAGGAUGGGGUGUUCCUACUACCUCAGCUCCCAAGGCUGCGGCAUCCACCAGCUGUGCCACCUCGUCGGCCAAGGCCGUCAUCGUCACCCCGACCAAGUCUGUCCCCGCAGUCACGUCUAUUCCGGUCACCACUCCGGCCCCGGCUGUUACGUCCGCUCCUUCGACUUGCACGCCUAUCAGCUGGACUAACACCAAUGCUUUCACCACUGCUUCUGCUUGCUCCGCUCCCUACGAAGUCGGUACCUACUGCGGAUUCAUCAACCCCGAGGAUCCUUGCGCUGUUCAGCCCGAUGGCUACGGCGCUCAAGUCUCGCAGCCUGACACUCCCGCUGCCUUCCUGGCUUACCAGCCCUUCCACGACCUUGCCAAGAAUGCGCAGGCACCUUCUGGAUACGAGGCCACCUUCACUGACCUGAACGCCGCCGUCACCGCCAACAGCUACAUGGGACUCUACACUCUCAAGAGCUACGACGUCGCCCAGUGCGCCGCCCUCUGCGACAAGACCGACCUCUGCACCGGCAUCAACAUCUACAUCGAGCGCGACCCCUCCAUCAACCCCGAGGGCUGCUCCUGCACCAACCCGUCCUCCAUCUCCAACUACAAGUGCACCCUCUGGGGCUCCGGCGUCGACAAGGCCGCCGCCACCAACACCGGCCAGGGCCGCAGCGGCUUCGAGGUCGUCGUCACCGCCUCCAACGGCUACGAGAAGACCAACAACACGCAGCCCGCCACUCCCUCCGGCUGGACCAACCCCCAGAGCUGCGGCGGCAACGUCCACAACCACCCCAGCACCUGCAUCGGCCAGCAGUUCUUCCCCGGCCCCUUCGACGCCGGCGUCUGCGCCUCCUACGCCGCCGCCCAGAACGCCAAGAACUCCUUCUCCGUCGGCCUCAUGUCCUGGGCCAGCUUCUUCGGCUACAGCCCCCUCAAGUGCAACUUCUUCAACGCCUUCAUGGUCAAGGAGAACGGCGUCGCCAAGGGCACGUACUGCAGCCUCUUCAGCCAGCAGUAUGCUCCCUCCGCUGCUUCCUACCAGCCCGCCGUCUCCGGCGGUGUCUCCUGGGGCAUUGAGAGCAGCUGGAGCUUCUGCCAUGCUUAA